UCAAUACAAAUAUGACUCUUUCUCAAAUCUUUCUCUCUCGUCUCUCUCUAUAACUUCCUCUACCUUCUUGCUUUUCUCUUCAACAGUGGAAAUCUAAUAUGGUAUCAGAGCCCCUUCGAAGGGCACGUUCUAUACAUAGCCCACAACCAUGUCUUCCGCAUCAAAUUCCGAAGUAAGCGCUACUUCAGCAAACAAAUCCACUUAUAGAUCCAUUCCUAUGGAAUCUAAAAAAUCCUUCUACACUAUUCAAUUUUCUAGUUUCUGCGAAGUAAACAGAGGAUAACUACCUCUUUUGGAACCAGAUUGUUGAACCAAUCAUAAUUUCUCAUCAAUUGCAACGUUUCUUGGUGAACCCUAAAAUUCCUUUGAAGUUCGAUUCUGAUGAAGAUAAAGAGAGCAACGCACUCAGUUCAGCUUACACUGAAUGGUUAAUGCAAGAUCAUAUGCUUCUGACUUGGGUUGUUGUCUUCCAUUUCAAAAACAGUAGUGAACGACAUUCUUCGUAUCAAGCAUUCAUUUGAAGCAUGGGAGAACAUUCACAAGUUAUUUCAUGGUGUAAUAAAGUCAUGAGCCAGACAACUCAGAUCUGAGUUAAAAACGACGAAGAAAGGAGCUAAAACGGCGAAGGAGUACCUCGCGAGGAUCAAAACAAUCUCCGAGUCACUCAAAUCCAUUUGAAAUUCGGUUUCUGUUGAGCAACAUACAGAAACGAUACUCGAAGGAUUACCUUCUGACUAUAACUUGUUCGUAAUGAUGAUUCGUAGUCGAGACAGAGCCUACUCAGUUGCAAAUCUGGGAAUAGAACUCAUGGCUUUCGAACAACUUCUAAUCAAACAAAACGAGCAAGUAUUGACUGAAGGAGCUUCAAUAAACCUGACCCAACGAUUACAGAAACCACAAAAGAUCGAAUCUGAUGAAGAUGACUCUGUUUCUGAAACCAGAAAACAGAGCAGAACAGAGGAGCGUGAUUUCAAGCGUUUCAACUCUUCGAAUGAUCAAAACAGAGGAAGAACAAGAUCUGGAAUGAAGUCUAACAGAGGAAGAGGACGUGGAAAUAGGACUAACAUUCACUGUCAGCUCUGCUACAAGUUUAGCCUGGCAUAGGUUUGAAGACAACUUCAUCCCUAACUUCCUCCACCACAGAACACAUCAUAUCCACAAUUUUUUUGUUCAACAACCAGUAAGAUCCUAUCAGUAUAACAGACCUCAAAGCCAACUGCACUCGUUGAAUGGCUUCCUGAUUCUAGAGCAUCAAACCAUGUCACUGGAACACCACAGAACAUGAUGCAAUCUCAACGUCUCAAUGGUACAGACCACAUUUUCGUUGGAAAUGGCCAAGGAUUCCUAUAAGGUUGUCCUUAAAGGAGCAAUUGGUACUAAUGGUUUAUAUCACUUCUCAGACUUGAAGCUUGCCAAAAUUCUUGACUCAGUUGCAAGUGACAAUUGUUCGAGUUCAUCCUUGUCUGCUAUUACAAGCAAUUCAGCCAAUCUUGUUAAUUCUAGUGUCAAUACUAAUACUCAAUGUCUUAGCACUAUUCUUGAUAAUGUUGAUAGUGAAUGUAUUCCAUCUAAAUCCCUGUAUUCACUGUCGCUUAGGACACCCACAUCUAGAGUCUCUUAAGGUUGUAGUCAAAACUUGUAAUAUACCUAU